AUGAUUAUUAUUUAAACCGAUAAUCUAUCCAUUCAGUUUUUGUUGUAUUAACGACUAGAUAUGCUGAUACGUAGACAUUUUCCAACAUUUCCGUUUAAAAAAUGCAUAAAUCCAAUGAGAGCGAAAUCAUCUUCUAUGUGUCUAUUAGUUAUCGUGUUAAUAUGGUGUGCAGGAAUAUCAAUAAGCCUUUAUAUUCGGUCCACGAUUUUUUCGAAUCUUUCAAGAAGUGUCUAUCUUUCCCCCGGAGGAAUUGUGUCUCAACAGGAUAAGAGAACUUGUAUAGUUCCGAAGCUUCCAUUGGAAAACAAGGAGUUAUCAAAGUAUUACAGGAAACCCCCAAAACUCGAUUGCAAUUACGGCUAUAAUACGUGGGUAUCCUGUGAAAAAUCAGUUUGCAAAAUCACAGCGGCAACAAAAAGAGCUUACGGGAAGGUUGCGUGCUCUUUCAAAGAGUUCAUGCAAGGCCCCGAUAAUGAAUCCAGAUUUUUUCCGGCAGUUCGAAUUACAAAACAAUACAAUUUGACGAAAUCCGAUUUUGCAGAAGUUGAGUGCAAAUCUUCUGAGGGAAAAUAUUGGGCCGGAUUGGUGUCAGGUUUCAGGAGAGAUUCAAGUGUGGGAAAAGUCCCUGCAGUGAAAAAUGAAGAGAAACCUUUACUGGAUGUGAUGAUGUUUGGAAUAAGUUCUCUUAGUCGGAAUGAUUUUAUACGGAAACUUCCGCAAACGUACCGUUAUUUAACGCAGACGUUGAAUGCUCAUGUGCUUGAAAGUUACAACAUUAUUGGAGAUGGGAAAGCGCAUAAUUUAAUCCCGAUGCUCACUGGGUCGAGGGAAGUUGAACUUCCGGAAACAAGAAAAAGGAUUACGGGAUCAUCAAACGUACACGUUUUUCCUUUUAUUUGGAAUGAAUACAAGACAAUGCAUUAUGUGACGGCUUUCAAUGAAGAUAAACCAGGAUUUGCUACGUUCAACUUUCGCCUGAAAGGCUUUGUUUGGCCUCCAACUACUCAUUACAUGAGGCCGCUUUACAUGGUCUUUGAAAAGCAACAGCGUUUUUACCAAACUCCCUUCUGCUGGGGAUUAAUUCCUCAACAUCAAGUGAUGCUUAAUUAUGUAAGAGAUUUUAUGUUGACUUAUGAGGGAUAUCCGAAAUUUUCUUUCAGUUUUUUGAGCGAGCUUUCAGAAGGUUAUGUGAAUUUGAUUUCGGUUGCUGAUGAAGACGUUCAAAAGUGGUUGGAAGAGUUAAAAACAAAAAACGCGCUGAAUAACACUAUCCUGAUGAUCUUUUCUGACCACGGAACUCAGUUUGAGGAUAUCAGAAACAUUUUAGAAGGGAAAAUUGAAGAGCGUUUGCCAUUUUUCAGCUUUGUAUUCCCGGAGUGGUUUCCUAAAACUUAUCCGGAGCAGUAUGAGAACUUCAAAAAGAAUCGAAACCGUUUGACUACACCGUUUGAUAUUCAUGAAACCUUGCGAGAUGUCUUGCGGUUGCAAGGUUCCGAAGCUUCGCCAGUUGGCACUUCGGAAACACAGAAUAUAACGCGAGCCUUAUCACUUUUCCAGCGAAUUCCUAGGGAUCGAACUUGUGCCGAUGCAAACAUUGAUCCGCAAUGGUGCAUUUGCUUAUCUUCGGAAUGGGUUCCGCAAACCCCAAAAAUAGAUUAUUUGAAGGAGGAAUUAACAAAUGUUGCAAUUAACAAGAUAAAUGACUUCACGAGUACACAGCGUCUGCAUUGCUCCAAAAUAAUGUUGAAAGAAAUUUUAUGGAUAAAAAAUUUGGUGCUCAACGAAAAGCUUUUAAAGUAUAAAGGUGUGAAAGAUAUUGAUGGAUUCCAGCCCGAUUUUACCUCGAAUAUGAAUAAAAGCAAAGAUAUUUACCAAAUACAGUUUUCGACUAAGCCGGGAAACUUUAUUUUUAGAGCAGAUGUAAUUUAUAACUUUUUAUCAGGUGUAGCGGAUACGGGAAUGAACACUAUCCGCCGUAUUGAUAAUGAAUAUAGCGGAUGUGUGAUGGCAGAUUAUAUAAGAAAACCGUUAAAAGAAUUUUGUUUUUGUAAGAAUGAUCAGGGUUAGCCACAUAAUAAUAUUAUGUA